AUGAGUAAACCGCUUCCACAAGUGGAAGUGCGUUUCAACAACUUUCUGUGCGAGUUAUCGUUCAAGAUGACACGCAAAUCCGAGCUCCCAACUCAAGUUUGUCGCGACGAAAAAAAUGUGGUCGAGAAGCAGAUCCUUCGUCCAGAAUACCCGCACGUGCCAACACCAAAGGAGCUGGAGCUCUCUCGGCAACUGGUGGAGAUUCAACAAGAGGAAAACGUUCGCGUCCAUGAUCUUACUCAAAUGCUGCAAAGCACCAAGCGUGACCAGAUUCUGGCUCAACAAGCGACCGUGGAAGAGGAGCGAAAACGGUGCAAAGUGACCGUCCAAGCUCUCCAAACUGAGCUUGAUCAAAAAAGGAAUGACAAAGAAGCUCAGAAGAACUGGCAGUGUCGAUUCAUUGCGCCGGUUGACGUUCCCGACGACGUCUUCGGUUGCUCCACUUCUUCUAUGCCAGCACCUGUAAUUGACCCGAAGGAGGACGUAUUCUCUCGUUUCGCCCAGAGUCUCGCGCUUCUUCCAGCCUCGCAGGCGCCGCAGGUGGCUGAGGCUGGAGCACUACCAUUCCUCGUCCACUUACUGCAGCAGAAGAUGGGCGACGUUGUCACUGGAUCUGUACUCAUAGCGCUUGUGCACCUUGCAAUUUACCGAACUAAAUCACGCUCUCAUCAGCCAUCGGCAUCAUCGAAAAAUGGACUAGAUAUCCGCGAACAGAUCGUCAAGGCCGGGGUGUGCUUGCCUCUAAUUGAACUCCUCGAAAACUCUGAAAACGCUCGAGUUCUCGUUGAAGCUUCUCGUUUGUGUGCAGCUUUGGCGAGUUACGUCCCCAACAAGCGCGUGUUGGCCUCGAAAAACGUCGUGCGCGUCCUCGCCCAGCAUCUGAUGCCACGCAUUCCUCCAAGGAAUCGAGAAAAACGGGACGACGAUGACGAGGAGGAUAUCUCCUUGAAGCUAGAGCAAAUUCCGUUCCCCUGGGAUGUCGAUGUCCAGCAGAACAUGCUCAGUGCACUCACAAAUCUAUCACAUGACUGCGAAAUUCUUCGGUCUCAAAUUGCUGCUACUCCAAAUUUCUUGCCAAUUGUCGUGCGAUAUGUUCGAGAAAGCUCAAGUUCUGGGGUGCAGACGGAGGCUGCCAAACUUCUCGGCAACAUGGCGUACAACCACGUAGUCAACCAGAGUGCCUUGAUGGCAGCUGAAGCACCUUCUGCACUGACUGCGUGUCUCACGGCUGCCAAUCUACAGCGCAGUCCACUGCUUGCUCGAGCAGGGGCGAUAGGUCUUGCGAACUUGGCGUAUACGUCGGUGAACCAGCUCACCAUCGGCUACAGCAGUGCGUCUACGCUACUCCUACAGUUGCUGGUAGACGCCGUGAGUCAACCGGCAGUCGUCGAGGCUGCAUCGACUGCACUCGCUUGCCUCUGUCAUCAGAACCCACCGAACAAAGCUCGCAUAGCUGCUCAAAAUGGACUCCAGGUGCUGCUGUAUGCACUUGGCGCAACGCGUGACACGGAAGGCGACGAGGAUGAACGUGGUGUCGGCGCAGCACUUAUCGCACUCUGUGACUCCUUCGCCGUUCUCGCCAACUCCAGACCCGAUCGACAGCAAGUCUUGGAGCUCGACGGCCAUUUUCUUCUUUGUCAGCUUUGCCACAACUGCUCCGUCAUGAAGACGCCAAAGCUGCUCGAGUCCUCCGCACGUGCCAUAUGUGCACUAGUGCCGCCUCCACUCGAGAGAAGCGCGUUGCUCGCAGAUAGCAGAGAAAGCAAAAUGGAGACGAAAUCCGUCGCACUCAAGGCUCUGGAGCGUGCGCGUCACCUGUUAGAGCAGGAGUCUCAACGUCAUCGUCACGGCGAAGAGGGAGACGCAAUGAAAGGCCGACGUCGCUGGCUCACGCAGACGAUUGACUUGCUUAUUAGUUACCAAAUCUCCGCUCCAUUGCCGCUAGAGAAGACUGGAAGCGACGGACAAGUCGAGUUCCGCAAUCGUAGCAGCUUCUCCCUCGAGUCACUCACUGCGAUCCCACCUGACGAUCUCUGUCCUCACUUCUACGACCACUAAAACCAGGACCCGCUCAUCAACUCGUUGUUGCUCCGUCGCCUUAAAAAAAACUUAACGCGACGAGCUGACUCAUGUAGCCUUCUUGCGUUGGUGCACUUGUCCCGGUCUACCACUUGCUUGUGGAGACCUC